CGCCGCCUCUCCUCUCUUUCUCUCUCUUCGCCGCGGCUCUUCUCUCUCUCUCCUCGCCGCGCCUCUUUCUCUCUCUCGGACGACUCUCUCUCUCCUCGCCGUGAGCAGCCGCGAGUGGUGGUGGUAACCGUGUGGCGUCGUCGAUCUCAGAUCUCACCUCUCUUGCAUCUCAGAUCCAUCCAGAUCUAGGCUAAGGUGAGGUGUUCUACCCAGAUCUGUUCUAUGUUCUUUUAUAUUGUUGAAUGGGUUGCUAGGAUUGAUUAGAUCCUGUGUGUUGUUAGGUUGAUAGAUCAUAUUGCAUUAGAACUCUCGUACUGAUUUAAGAUUCUAAAUAAACUGGUGUGUUGAUGAUUGAUUGAUUGUUUGAUUGGUUGAAGACCUGUGGUCGUGAUUGAGAGCUAGGAUGGUUAUAAAGAAAUGAACGUAGGAUCUUAAGAGAACGGUUAACCGGUCUGUUAGAUGAAUGAUAGAAAAUCUAUGAAUGAUUGUUGAAUGGAUUGAGUGUGACACCGAGAACGGGUGGCGUCUAAAAAGGAAAGUAAGAAAGAGUCUAAGGGUUUAAGGAAAAGGAAAUGAUAAGGAAAAAGGAAAGGUUAAAUGCUUGAAAUACGAACCACCGAGGAACGGGUGGGGAGUAUGGGAAAUGAAUAGAAAUGGAAUACGAACCACCGAGGGACUGGUGGGGAGUAUGGGAAAACGCGGCGGCCGUAGCGUUCAAAAACGGCAAGUAAGAAUAGAGGCGCCGGUAAGAUUGAGUCACGCCGAGUCUUGGCGGGAAGGGGUCGUAAUACACUGCAAGGGGUAUGGACUACAUCCAAGGGAACCGGAUGCCGGGUGUACCAGGGCAGGCGACCUCACAGGAACGCAGCAAGAAAAGGGAGGGUUGGUCCGCUUGAGCUGUGUAGGUCCUAGAGUUAUAGGAUGAAUGGAGUCUUAAAUAAUAAACCGAAUUGUGUGAAUUGAGCGAUGACUGAGUUCAUUGCACUGCUUGUUUUUGUGAAAUGAACUUUAAUAGUUGGUUAAGAAAUGUGUGUAGCGACUAGUCGGUUCUCGUUUCGCAUUGAGCAGUAUAAAAGCUCAUGGGGGAGACUGGUCUAGAAUCGCUUCACUGAGUAUUAAUACUCACCCCUCUUUUCCCUCUUCCAUUCUUGCAGAACUAUAAGUGGAAAUGCCGACGGUAAGGAAGGAAAUGCACCUGAAACUCAUGGGACCAGAAACGGGACACACGGAGAUGUCGGAAAAGUAGACAUGUGUGUCCUAAACCCCGCGCCCUGGAACCCCGGUUGGAAAUGGGGAGGGACGGGUGUUUCAAUUGGUAUCAGAGCCAGGUUAAGGUCCCUUAAUACUAACUUAAGGGAUCAGCAUUUCCGAAAUUGCCCAUUUUCCUUUAUGGUUCUGAUUGACCGUCUUAGCUCAUGUUGAAGGAGAAUUCGAACAACUCAGAGUCUCCGGCAAAGAUCCGAUCAACAAAAAGUCCUCGUACCGCGGUGUAAUGGAGUCUCAGAGGUUCAGGGAUGGGUAACAAGGAGUUGUAAGGCAAGUAUACAGAGGGAUUAGUCGCCUAGCACGUCAAGUUAAGGGGGAAUGGAAAGCCGGACAUUCGAGCUGGAGGGAAGCGUCUCGCGGACGACACCGCCCCACACCGGGCCGGGGAGGCCUGGGAAGGAGAGACGGAUGCAAGGCCGAGGCGUGCGCAGCUUCAUGGAAGGAUUAAACCCUGCAAAGAAAUGGACUUCUGACAUUCAGAUAUCACAGUGAAGCUUGUUCCCAGUAGAAAAAAAAAACAAAAAAAAGAAACAUGGGCGUGGGUCCCACCACCAGGGCGUGGGCCCGCCGACGCGGAAGGAGCAAACCGGGGCGGCCAAGGGCGGCCAAGGGCGGACGGACGAGACAGUGGGAGAAAACCGAUUUCAGAUUAUGGGGACUAGGCUGAGGAUCAUCUUGGGGUAAAAAGGACGAUGGAGGAUCAUCCUGGGGUAAAAAGGAUGAUGGAGGAUCAUCUUGGGGUUAAAAGGAUGAUGGAGAGUCAUCAUGGAAUAGAAUGCAGAAUGCUAAUAAGGAUAUGAGAUCUUCUUAGGGAAAAAGGGGUGACUGUAAAAAAGAUCAUCUUGGGGCAAAAAGGGAUGAUAAGAACCACACCGGGAAUAUUGUCUGUUUAAGCAGCGCUAGUUUGAGAAUUGAUUGAAAACUGCCAUCUAUGCAUGACUACUACUAUGUUCAGAUCAGGUCUUUGUUUUUACGCUGCAGGAUGUCUUCACCAGUGCAUCACGAGCUCGGAGAAAGACGCAUGCGCUAUGGACCAAAGGGGACAAGGGCUUACGCCCGCAAGCCCUACCGUGACGCUUGGGGCGAUGUGGUACCUGCAUUCUUCCCAGACGAAGAGGAAGUGGAGUUCGUGGAGCCGCCGAACGCCCCCAUCCAGGAGACGACCGUGAGGCGUCGGAUUCUGAUGCCCCAUUUCCAGCGGGCAGCCGAGUACAGGCGAUUGUACCAGGGUCAGGGUACUUUCCAGUUUGCACCGGAAGUGGACAUGACGCCGCCCACAAGGGGCCGAGGGCGCCCCAGGAAGACGGGGCCGACCAGGGAAGGUCCGGGACCGAUCCGGAUGGAGGACAGUGUACCAACGAGGAAGCGGGGACGCCCAAGGAAGAUUCCGAGCAUUGAUGCAGAGAGUCUGAGGAGAAUACCCGGAAUAUGUCAGUGUGGAACAUUGACGCAGGCCAGGCAAAGACCGCGCUCAGUCCGGGAGUACACAGAGGAAUUCCUGGAGUCAGCCAAAAGAUGCAAGCCCAAGUCAGCGGAGGAUUGGUGCCGGUGGUAUACGGCAGGACUCCGCGAGGAGAUUCGGGGCAAGCUGAUUGGUGUGUUGGAACCAUGGGAAUUCGCCUUGGUGAACCGGAUGGCCGGUCAGGCAAUGGAGGCGGAACGGACACUUGCUCGUCGGGUCGUCGCCAUCUCGAGCUCUGAGGAGGACGUAGAGGUGGAGGAGGAUCCAUCGGAGGACUCAGCGUGGGAAGAGGAGCCGGCGUCGUCGACGGGGAGUGGCCGUGUGGCUGGUCCUAAGCCGGACGGGGAGCAGAAGUCUCCAGUUCGAAGUGGCUAGCUGUGAUUCCAGAGUCAGCUAGUAGGAGUAGGACAUGGUUUUUCUUCUUUGGUUUUAGCUUUUCCUUUCUUGUUAUAAGGGUAUUCGCGGAUUUUGGCGAUACCUUGAGACCUAUCUUUUUAUUGUAGUCCUACUCCAUUUCAUUUAUUAAAUUCAUUGUUGGUUUUAAAUGAUCUUGAGCAAGUAGGAUGUCAUUUCGUGCUUCCCUUGAUUGUGUUUGAAAACUCCCCUCGGGUUUUGGAUGUUAAGGUUUAAAGCCUGAAGAUUGGAAUUCGGGGCGAAUUCCAAUUAACAGGGGGAGAAUUGUAACACCCCAAAACCCAAGUCCAAAAACUUUUUGUGGACAGGCCCGCUCUGCGGCCCAUUUGGAUUAAAAACCCUAGGGUUCCUUGCUUCCCCUAUAAAAGCAAGCCUCCACCCUUAGCCUUCCAUCACAAAUUUAGAAGCGAAGCCCUGCAGAGAAGUCCCGGAGAUCAGAAACCCUAGCCGUCGUCUCCUUCCUUCUCUCUCCCUGCGCCGCCUCUCCUCUCUUUCUCUCUCUUCGCCGCGGCUCUUCUCUCUCUCUCCUCGCCGUGCCUCUUUCUCUCUCUCGGACGACUCUCUCUCUCCUCGCCGUGAGCAGCCGCGAGUGGUGGUGGUAACCGUGUGGCGUCGUCGAUCUCAGAUCUCACCUCUCUUGCAUCUCAGAUCCAUCCAGAUCUAGGCUAAGAACUAUAAGUGGAAAUGCCGACGGUAAGGAAGGAAAUGCACCUGAAACUCAUGGGACCAGAAACGGGACACACGGAGAUGUCGGAAAAGUAGACAUGUGUGUCCUAAACCCCGCGCCCUGGAACCCCGGUUGGAAAUGGGGAGGGACGGGUGUUUCAAUUGGUAUCAGAGCCAGGUUAAGGUCCCUUAAUACUAACUUAAGGGAUCAGCAUUUCCGAAAUUGCCCAUUUUCCUUUAUGGUUCUGAUUGACCGUCUUAGCUCAUGUUGAAGGAGAAUUCGAACAACUCAGAGUCUCCGGCAAAGAUCCGAUCAACAAAAAGUCCUCGUACCGCGGUGUAAUGGAGUCUCAGAGGUUCAGGGAUGGGUAACAAGGAGUUGUAAGGCAAGUAUACAGAGGGAUUAGUCGCCUAGCACGUCAAGUUAAGGGGGAAUGGAAAGCCGGACAUUCGAGCUGGAGGGAAGCGUCUCGCGGACGACACCGCCCCACACCGGGCCGGGGAGGCCUGGGAAGGAGAGACGGAUGCAAGGCCGAGGCGUGCGCAGCUUCAUGGAAGGAUUAAACCCUGCAAAGAAAUGGACUUCUGGCAUUCAGAUAUCACAGUGAAGCUUGUUCCCAGUAGAAAAAAAAAAAAAAAAAAAAAAAAAAAAGAAACAUGGGCGUGGGUCCCACCACCAGGGCGUGGGCCCGCCGACGCGGAAGGAGCAAACCGGGGCGGCCAAGGGCGGACGGACGAGACAGUGGGAGAAAACCGAUUUCAGAUUAUGGGGACUAGGCUGAGGAUCAUCUUGGGGUAAAAAGGACGAUGGAGGAUCAUCCUGGGGUAAAAAGGAUGAUGGAGGAUCAUCUUGGGGUAAAAAGGAUGAUGGAGAGUCAUCAUGGAACAGAAUGCAGAAUGCUAAUAAGGAUAUGAGAUCUUCUUAGGGAAAAAGGGGUGACUGUAAAAAAGAUCAUCUUGGGGCAAAAAGGGAUGAUAAGAACCACACCGGGAAUAUUGAUGUCUUCACCAGUGCAUCACGAGCUCGGAGAAAGACGCAUGCGCUAUGGACCAAAGGGGACAAGGGCUUACGCCCGCAAGCCCUACCGUGACGCUUGGGGCGAUGUGGUACCUGCAUUCUUCCCAGACGAAGAGGAAGUGGAGUUCGUGGAGCCGCCGAACGCCCCCAUCCAGGAGACGACCGUGAGGCGUCGGAUUCUGAUGCCCCAUUUCCAGCGGGCAGCCGAGUACAGGCGAUUGUACCAGGGUCAGGGUACUUUCCAGUUUGCACCGGAAGUGGACAUGACGCCGCCCACAAGGGGCCGAGGGCGCCCCAGGAAGACGGGGCCGACCAGGGAAGGUCCGGGACCGAUCCGGAUGGAGGACAGUGUACCAACGAGGAAGCGGGGACGCCCAAGGAAGAUUCCGAGCAUUGAUGCAGAGAGUCUGAGGAGAAUACCCGGAAUAUGUCAGUGUGGAACAUUGACGCAGGCCAGGCAAAGACCGCGCUCAGUCCGGGAGUACACAGAGGAAUUCCUGGAGUCAGCCAAAAGAUGCAAGCCCAAGUCAGCGGAGGAUUGGUGCCGGUGGUAUACGGCAGGACUCCGCGAGGAGAUUCGGGGCAAGCUGAUUGGUGUGUUGGAACCAUGGGAAUUCGCCUUGGUGAACCGGAUGGCCGGUCAGGCAAUGGAGGCGGAACGGACACUUGCUCGUCGGGUCGUCGCCAUCUCGAGCUCUGAGGAGGACGUAGAGGUGGAGGAGGAUCCAUCGGAGGACUCAGCGUGGGAAGAGGAGCCGGCGUCGUCGACGGGGAGUGGCCGUGUGGCUGGUCCUAAGCCGGACGGGGAGCAGAAGUCUCCAGUUCGAAGUGGCUAGCUGUGAUUCCAGAGUCAGCUAGUAGGAGUAGGACAUGGUUUUUCUUCUUUGGUUUUAGCUUUUCCUUUCUUGUUAUAAGGGUAUUCGCGGAUUUUGGCGAUACCUUGAGACCUAUCUUUUUAUUGUAGUCCUACUCCAUUUCAUUUAUUAAAUUCAUUGUUGGUUUUAAAUGAUCUUGAGCAAGUAGGAUGUCAUUUCGUGCUUCCCUUGAUUGUGUUUGAAAACUCCCCUCGGGUUUUGGAUGUUAAGGUUUAAAGCCUGAAGAUUGGAAUUCGGGGCGAAUUCCAAUUAACAGGGGGAGAAUUGUAACACCCCAAAACCCAAGUCCAAAAACUUUUUGUGGACAGGCCCGCUCUGCGGCCCAUUUGGAUUAAAAACCCUAGGGUUCCUUGCUUCCCCUAUAAAAGCAAGCCUCCACCCUUAGCCUUCCAUCACAAAUUUAGAAGCGAAGCCCUGCAGAGAAGUCCCGGAGAUCAGAAACCCUAGCCGUCGUCUCCUUCCUUCUCUCUCCCUGCGCCGCCUCUCCUCUCUUUCUCUCUCUUCGCCGCGGCUCUUCUCUCUCUCUCCUCGCCGCGCCUCUUUCUCUCUCUCGGACGACUCUCUCUCUCCUCGCCGUGAGCAGCCGCGAGUGGUGGUGGUAACCGUGUGGCGUCGUCGAUCUCAGAUCUCACCUCUCUUGCAUCUCAGAUCCAUCCAGAUCUAGGCUAAGGUGAGGUGUUCUACCCAGAUCUGUUCUAUGUUCUUUUAUAUUGUUGAAUGGGUUGCUAGGAUUGAUUAGAUCCUGUGUGUUGUUAGGUUGAUAGAUCAUAUUGCAUUAGAACUCUCGUACUGAUUUAAGAUUCUAAAUAAACUGGUGUGUUGAUGAUUGAUUGAUUGUUUGAUUGGUUGAAGACCUGUGGUCGUGAUUGAGAGCUAGGAUGGUUAUAAAGAAAUGAACGUAGGAUCUUAAGAGAACGGUUAACCGGUCUGUUAGAUGAAUGAUAGAAAAUCUAUGAAUGAUUGUUGAAUGGAUUGAGUGUGACACCGAAAACGGGUGGCGUCUAAAAAGGAAAGUAAGAAAGAGUCUAAGGGUUUAAGGAAAAGGAAAUGAUAAGGAAAAAGGAAAGGUUAAAUGCUUGAAAUACGAACCACCGAGGAACGGGUGGGGAGUAUGGGAAAUGAAUAGAAAUGGAAUACGAACCACCGAGGGACUGGUGGGGAGUAUGGGAAAACGCGGCGGCCGUAGCGUUCAAAAACGGCAAGUAAGAAUAGAGGCGCCGGUAAGAUUGAGUCACGCCGAGUCUUGGCGGGAAGGGGUCGUAAUACACUGCAAGGGGUAUGGACUACAUCCAAGGGAACCGGAUGCCGGGUGUACCAGGGCAGGCGACCUCACAGGAACGCAGCAAGAAAAGGGAGGGUUGGUCCGCUUGAGCUGUGUAGGUCCUAGAGUUAUAGGAUGAAUGGAGUCUUAAAUAAUAAACCGAAUUGUGUGAAUUGAGCGAUGACUGAGUUCAUUGCACUGCUUGUUUUUGUGAAAUGAACUUUAAUAGUUGGUUAAGAAAUGUGUGUAGCGACUAGUCGGUUCUCGUUUCGCAUUGAGCAGUAUAAAAGCUCAUGGGGGAGACUGGUCUAGAAUCGCUUCACUGAGUAUUAAUACUCACCCCUCUUUUCCCUCUUCCAUUCUUGCAGAACUAUAAGUGGAAAUGCCGACGGUAA